UUGGCCCGGCGACAAAUUCUAAUUCUUUCCUGCUCUCUCUCUCAGCUGCCACAUUACCGCUCUCUCCUUUUUUCCAAUUUUCCCUCUCGCGCCUUCUUUCGCUCUCCAUUCGCUCUGCUCUCAUCGUUGUUCUUUUUUCCCUCGCCUCCUGGCCUGCCCAGUGCAGCCACGCCUCUCGUUUCUUUCCCAAAGGCGAAGGCGAAGGCGCUGGAACGGUAGGGACCUCGAGAUCAAACUUAUAUUUCAUAAAAAUAGGUUUUCUCAGGUCUCUGACGAUCGUUUUAGUAGUCGACUUCGGAGAUCUACUAAAUCCUAUCUGGUUGAACAUAAUUGAUUGUUCAUCCUUCCUUCUCUCCAGGCCGUAAAGAAUAUUGGUUAAACUCGAGUCGCUGCAAUGUCCGUCGAGUCAGGCCCUCAUGCGCUGACAAGGCGAUCGUCGCGCAGCGCCGCAACGACAACUUUUACAUUGGAGGUCUUCGACAAUGAGGUGGUGCCAUCGUCCCUCGGAUCCAUUGCUCCGAUCCUCCGUGUUGCCGCAGAGAUCGAAUCUGAACGACCGAGGGUUGCAUAUCUCUGUCGAUUCUAUGCAUUUGAGAAAGCCCAUAGGUUGGAUCCAAGCUCGAGCGGUCGAGGUGUACGACAGUUCAAGACAGCUCUACUACAACGGCUGGAGCGGGACAAUGCAUCUAGUCUUGCAUCCAGAGUUAAAAAGAGCGAUGCGCGGGAAAUCGAGAGUUUCUAUCAGCAGUACUAUGAAAAAUAUGUUAGAGCACUGGACAAAGGGGAGCAGGCAGAUAGAGCCCAACUUGGGAAAGCGUACCAGACAGCUGGAGUACUCUUUGAAGUUCUCUGUGCAGUUAAUAAGACUGAAAAAGUUGAAGAAGUUGCUCCCGAGAUUAUUGCGGCUGCUAAAGAUGUCCAAGAAAAGAAGGAAAUCUAUGCCCCUUAUAACAUUCUUCCCUUGGAUGCAGCUGGCUCUUCGCAGUCUAUCAUGCAGCUUGAGGAGGUUAAGGCUGCGGUCGCUGCUCUAUGGAACACUCGUGGCUUGAACUGGCCUACUGCAUUUGAGCAGCAUAGACAAAAAGCAGGAGACUUAGACCUUCUUGAUUGGCUGAGGGCUAUGUUUGGUUUUCAGAGAGACAAUGUCAGGAACCAGAGGGAGCAUUUGAUUUUACUGCUUGCUAAUGUUCACAUAAGGCUAUUACCUAAGCCUGAGCCUCUUAACAAGCUUGAUGAACGAGCCGUUGAUGCAGUGAUGAAUAAGCUUUUCAAGAACUACAAAACCUGGUGCAAAUUUUUGGGACGAAAACACAGUUUACGGCUUCCUCAAGGGCAACAAGAAGUGCAACAGAGAAAGAUACUGUACAUGGGCCUGUAUCUUCUUAUUUGGGGUGAAGCAGCAAAUAUUCGCUUUAUGCCUGAGUGUUUAUGCUAUAUUUUUCAUAAUAUGGCAUAUGAACUCCAUGGUCUAUUAGCUGGAAAUGUCAGUAUUGUGACCGGGGAGAAUAUCAAACCUUCAUACGGUGGGGAUGAUGAGGCUUUCCUGAGAAAGGUUAUUACACCAUUGUAUCGUGUAAUUGAGAAGGAAUCUAAGAAAGCCGGAGGUGGACAAGCACCUCACUCAGUUUGGUGUAACUACGAUGAUCUAAAUGAAUAUUUCUGGUCAGCUGAUUGUUUCUCUCUAGGGUGGCCUAUGUGUGUUGAUGGUGAUUUCUUCAAAUCAACACGUGACACAACACAGGGACGACAAGCAUCUCAAAGAAAAUCUGGAGGUACGGGCAAAUCAUAUUUUGUUGAGACCAGGUCAUUUUGGCACAUCUUUCGAAGUUUUGAUCGCCUGUGGACAUUUUAUAUUUUGGCUGUACAGGCUAUGAUAAUUAUUGCAUGGUCAGAUAUUUCACCAUCGGGAAUCCUUCAAAAGAGAGUCCUGUAUCAUAUCUCUAGUAUUUUUAUCACAGCAGCCUUCCUGCGCUUCCUCCAAAGUAUUUUGGACCUUUGCUUGAACUUCCCUGGCUACCAUAGGUGGAAGUUCACGGAUGUGUUGAGAAACAUUCUCAAGAUAGUCAUUAGUCUUGCAUGGCUCAUUAUUCUUCCACUCUGUUAUUUGAAAAGCUUGUCCUGGACCCCUGAUCAAGUGAAGAAUGUGAUGUCUCGUGUUCAACAAGUGAAGGAUAUACCAGCUUUAUACAUAUUGGCGGUUAUCAUAUACUUGAUUCCAAACGUACUUGCAGCAGCUUUGUUUAUUUUUCCAAUGUUUCGACGGUGGAUUGAAAAUUCUGAUUGGCAUAUCAUAAGGCUUCUUUUGUGGUGGUCCCAGCCAAGAAUAUAUGUUGGAAGGGGUAUGCAUGAAAGUCAGUUUGCCCUUUUCAAGUAUACUCUGUUCUGGAUUCUGCUUCUGUGUUGCAAAUUCGCGUUCAGCUAUUUUAUCCAGAUAAAACCUUUAGUGAAGCCAACUAAAGAUAUAAUGAAUGUUCGUCAUGUUCGUUAUGGUUGGCAUGAAUUUUUCCCCCAAGCUCAACACAACUAUGGUGCUGUUAUCUCACUAUGGGCACCAGUAAUCUUGGUUUAUUUUAUGGACACCCAGAUUUGGUAUGCUAUUUUCUCAACCUUGUAUGGUGGGGUGUCUGGAGCUUUUGAUCGUCUUGGAGAGAUAAGGACAUUGGGCAUGCUAAGAUCACGAUUCCAAUCUUUACCUGGUGCUUUCAACUCAUGCCUUGUACCUUCUGAUAAGAGCCAGAGAAGGGGAUUUUUUUUCAUUAAGCGCUUUUCUGAGGCUUCAGUAAGCAGGAGAACCGAAGCUGCAAAGUUUGGUCAGUUGUGGAAUGAAGUGAUAUGUAGUUUCCGUGAAGAAGACCUCAUAAGUGAUAGUGAGAUGGACCUGUUGCUUGUUCCUUAUUCAUCAGAUCCAAGCCUGAAGCUAAUACAGUGGCCACCAUUCUUGCUUGCUAGCAAGAUCCCGAUAGCGUUGGAUAUGGCUGCUCAGUUUCGAUCAAAAGAUUCUAAAGAUUCUGACCUUUGGAAGCGUAUUUGUGCUGAUGAUUAUAUGAAAUGUGCUGUGAUUGAAUGCUACGAAUCUUUCAAACUUAUUUUGAACGUCCUGGUUGUUGGGGAAAAUGAGAAAAGGAUGAUCAACAUCAUCUUAAAAGAAAUUGAAAGUAACAUUGCCAAGAAUACAUUUCUUGCAAAUUUCAGAACGAGUCCUUUACCUGCUCUUUGCAAGAAAUUUGUGGAACUUGUUGGGAUCCUGAAAGAUGGUGAACCAAGCAAGAGAGAUACUGUAGUAUUGUUGCUGCAGGACAUGUUAGAAGUGGUUACCCGUGACAUGAUGGUGAAUGAGAAUCGUGAACUGGUAGAACUUGGCCAUGGUAACAAGGAUAGACAACUUUUUGCUGGUACUGACCGCAAACCUGCUAUAGUGUUCCCUCCGGUGGUUACAGCACAGUGGGAAGAACAGAUAAGGCGCCUGUAUCUUCUUUUCACUGUGAAAGAAUCAGCCGUUGAUGUGCCAACCAACCUUGAAGCACGUAGAAGGAUUGCUUUCUUUACAAAUUCCUUAUUCAUGGACAUGCCACGUGCUCCUCGAGUCCGUAAGAUGCUCUCAUUCAGUGUUAUGACUCCAUAUUACAGUGAAGAGACUGUCUAUUCCAAAAGUGACCUAGAGCUAGAGAAUGAAGAUGGUGUAUCAAUCAUAUUCUACCUGCAAAAGAUCUUUCCAGAUGAAUGGAACAACUUCAUGGAGAGGCUCAACUGUAAAAAACCAAGUGAGGUUUGGGAAAAUGAAGAAAACGUUUUGCAACUCCGUCACUGGGUCUCCUUAAGAGGUCAAACACUCUGUAGAACAGUAAGAGGGAUGAUGUACUACCGUAGGGCUUUAAAGCUUCAGGCUUUCCUUGACAUGGCCUCUGAACCUGAAAUUUUAGUAGGCUACAAGGCAGUCACAGUUCCAUCAGAGGAAGAGAAGAAGAGUCAAAGAUCCUUGUACGCUCAGCUAGAAGCUGUUGCUGACAUGAAAUUUACAUAUGUUGCUACUUGUCAGAACUAUGGCAAUCAGAAGCAAAGUGGGGAUCGCCGUGCAACGGACAUUUUGAACUUGAUGGUUAAUCAUCCAUCUCUUCGUGUUGCGUACAUUGAUGAAGUUGAAGAAAGUGAAGGUGGAAAGGUACAGAAGGUCUAUUAUUCUGUAUUGGUCAAAGCUGUUGACAAUCGGGACCAGGAAAUCUAUCGUAUAAAAUUGCCGGGUUCAGCGAAGAUAGGGGAAGGAAAGCCUGAAAAUCAAAACCACGCAAUAAUUUUCUCUCGAGGGGAAGCUCUUCAGACCAUUGAUAUGAACCAGGACAAUUACUUAGAAGAAGCUUUUAAAAUGCGAAAUCUUUUGGAAGAAUUCAAUGAGGACCAUGGAGUGCGUCCACCUACAAUUCUCGGUGUUCGAGAGCAUAUCUUUACUGGAAGUGUCUCUUCGUUGGCCUGGUUUAUGUCAAACCAAGAGACGAGCUUUGUCACUAUUGGUCAAAGAGUUCUCGCAAGGCCAUUAAAGGUUCGAUUCCAUUAUGGUCAUCCAGAUGUCUUUGACAGAAUUUUUCAUAUUACCCGUGGUGGAAUCAGCAAGGCCUCACUGGGAAUCAAUUUGAGUGAAGACAUCUUCGCUGGUUUCAACUCAACCCUACGACGUGGGAAUGUCACCCAUCAUGAGUACAUCCAGGUUGGAAAGGGAAGAGAUGUUGGACUCAACCAAAUAUCACUUUUUGAGGCAAAAGUGGCCUGUGGUAAUGGGGAGCAGAUACUGAGUAGGGAUAUCUAUCGGUUGGGUCAUCGAUUUGAUAUGUUCCGGAUGCUGUCAUGUUACUUUACAACGGUCGGUUUCUAUGUCAGCUCAAUGAUGAUUGUCAUAAUAGUGUAUGUUUACUUGUAUGGAAAACUUUACUUGUCACUUAGUGGUGUGGAGGCAUCAAUAGUUAAGGUUGCACGUUCUAAGGGAAAUGAUCCUCUGAAGGCAGCCAUGGCAUCAACAUCCCUUGUUCAGAUAGGAUUGUUGAUGGCCUUGCCUAUGGUCAUGGAGAUUGGACUAGAAAGAGGUUUCAGAACUGCAUUGGGCGACAUAAUAAUCAUGCAGCUGCAACUGGCUGCUGUCUUCUUCACUUUCUCUCUAGGGACAAAGCUCCAUUAUUUUGGUCGUACAGUCUUGCAUGGUGGGGCCAAAUACAGGGCCACUGGGAGAGGUUUUGUGGUUCGACAUGAAAAGUUUGGAGAAAAUUACAGGAUGUAUUCAAGAAGCCAUUUUGUGAAAGGCUUGGAAGUGAUGAUAUUGCUGAUAGUCUAUCAGAUUUAUGGAGCUGCAGCUACCAGCUAUACUGAUUACCUUCUGCUCACAUGGUCAAUGUGGUUCCUGGUGAUUUCUUGGUUGUUUGCACCUUUCCUUUUCAACCCAUCAGGUUUUGAGUGGCAAAAGAUAUGUGAAGAUUGGGAGGAUUGGGCAAAGUGGAUAAGUAGCCGAGGGGGUAUUGGUGUGCCAGCAGUCAAGAGCUGGGAGUCCUGGUGGGAGGAGGAACAAGAGCACUUGCAGUACACUGGGUUCUCAGGAAGGUUUUGGGAAAUUAUUCUUUCUUUGCGCUUCUUCAUCUACCAGUAUGGAAUUGUGUAUCAUCUACAUGUUGCCCAUGGAAAUAAAGGCAUAAUUGUUUAUGGACUGUCUUGGCUGGUCAUUGUGGCUGUUAUGGUCAUCUUCAAGAUUGUAUCCAUGGGUAGGAAGAAGUUCAGUGCAGACUUCCAACUUAUGUUCAGACUUCUCAAGCUCUUCCUGUUCAUUGGGUCCAUAGUAACUCUUGGCAUCCUGUUUACAUUCCUUAGCCUCACAAUCGGAGACAUCUUUGCUAGCCUAUUGGCCUUCAUGCCUACAGGAUGGGCACUUCUGCAGAUAUCACAAGCAUGCAAACCGGUGAUGAAGAGCCUGGGAUUAUGGGGAUCCGUCAAAGCUCUUGCAAGGGGAUACGAGUACAUAAUGGGACUUGUGAUCUUUUGCCCGGUGGCCAUCCUCGCUUGGUUCCCUUUCGUUUCUGACUUCCAGACUAGGCUGCUCUUCAAUCAAGCUUUCAGUCGAGGACUUCAGAUUCAACGUAUUCUGGCUGGUGGGAAGAAGCAAAACUAGAACGAUAGAAUUGAGAGAUUGAGAUAUGAGGGGAAGGAAGAAGCAAAAAAGAAGAAUCAGGGAGUCAGCCAUUGAAGAGACUGUGGAAGUGGCUAAACAGA